ACUUUAUACUCGAUAACGAAGUGCUAAAUUUUCCACUGAUCUUUUCAAUUAAUUUACCCAUACACGUAACAAAUGGUCUAUAUACACUUAAUAAAUAGUAGCCAACAUUUUAUUAAAAUAAUUACCACGAAAGUAAGCUAUAGGUGAAAAUAGUGUUUUAGAAAUUGUAUAAAUGAAUAUUAAACUAAUCCCUUCAGAUUAAAUGCUACAUUUAGCUUUCCUUUUGGAUAGGCUACACGCGGAAAUGUAGGCCUACUUCAUUUAAAGGCCAAUACCCUAUUAAUGAGCCAUAGGCCUACUAAUGCAUUUUAUAAUGUAUUUAUUUAUUUAUUUGAUGUUUAUAUUGACAUAUAUGUUUAGGCUACCAGUGGUAGGCCUACAUAAAAGCUAGUUUAUUACCUCCUUCAGCUGAAGGCCGUGACUGCUGCUUCACAAAACCACACAGAAAAAAAUACAAAUGUCAGCAGAUACGGCUAGUGGGUCUAAGAAUUUAAUAACUUAACAAAACAAGCUGUUUCAUGCACGAUCCCAUUUACGAACUCAUGGAAAUGACUCGCUUCAGUGUUAUUCAUUUUCUAAAUGACUUGUUGUUGCAGUGAGAGAGAACUCUUCCUCACAACAUCCAGGUCAUAUCAGUAGGAUAUUAUCUUUAUUUCAAGGGUCCGUCAGAUAAAAUCGCUUCAAGUGUUUUGCUGUGCAGGGGAAACCCUCUCUCCAUCCGCCUCAUAGCAGAGAAAGCAGAUUGCUGUGGAGAAGUUAAGGGUGUGGGUUGUCCCAGGGAAGAUGUAUUCCUGAGGGGCAUUGAGAUGCAUGAGGCACACGAGCUGACUCCUGACCAAUAGGAAGAAGGAGCGAGGAAGCAUCUCCUGCAGACCCCACCGUGUUCAGUGAAGGUUGCCCUCAGAUGACCACAGAACAACACAGAGAGAGAAAGGUCCCUGCAGCUCAGUCUGAAGUUUAGACCUGCUUGGGCUUUUUUUUUUCACCCCCGGCACACUUUGUGGAGAUUUUGCGUGCUGUUUUUUGAUGUUGUUGUUCAAACUGAAGCCCGUGGACAUGACAGAGACAACUUUACUGUGAAACAUCCAAUUUCAUCUACCAAAGAAACCCCACCGUUUCCAUUUCACCCUCUGCUCGUCCCUCGCACCAUCAUGUCUGUGUCCCUGUCCAGCAUCCCUGUAGUGCUAAAGGACUCGAGCCACCACGCCGGCAUGCUUAAAGGCAGUCCGGCCCGAGGCUUCUUCCACAGCCCCCACCACCCUUACAUAGACUUCUUCCCUCGGACUCACAGCCUCCUCCACCCGCUCAAGUCCCUCGGACGCCUCGUGUCUGACGCCCAGGGUUCCUUGCCGCUCGGCCUGCACGGCGGAGCCCCCCAGUUCCCCUACCACGCCUCGGUCCUGCACGAGCACAUGUUGAACGCCUCCGGGAUCCCCUACCUGAGCCAGAUGUUACCGGGUCACCCGCUGCACUCCAAACCGGAGGAGCUGGCCGCGGUGGUGACGGAGCACGCGGCCGGCCCGCUGUCCUCAGACUUCGGCAGCCCGUCCAGCGAGAGGUCCUCCUCUGUCCCCUCCUCUGUGCCCUCGGCCUCGCCGCCUAAAGACACUUUGUUUCGGCUCCGGGGCGCAGAGAAGUCGCCAGAAAAAACGCGCACGUGUUAUAAUUUCAGCGAGGACGACUUGUUCAUGGUUCUGUACGGUUACUCUGGCAACCAUGAUCGGAACGUGGGUCACGCCAUAUCCGGAUUGGCUCUACCGGAAAAGUCAGUUUCUGACUCUCACAUUAUCGCCCUGGAUAAAGUUGCGCUCGAACUUCCAGAAGGGUUAACCAUCCUCCAGGCAGCGUGGGGAAACGUGACGCGUCGUGGAAUAUUUACGGAUAAAAGCAGCAUCCCAAAAGGCACGCGCUUCGGACCUUUCCAGGGGAAGCUGGUCAACACCAGCGAGAUUAAGACCUACGACGACAACACCUUAAUGUGGGAGGUGUUUGAAAACGGCCGGUUGAGUCACUUUGUUGACGGCAGAGGAGGAUCAGGAAACUGGAUGUCUUUGGUGAAGUGUGCUCGCUUUCCGGACGAGCAGAACCUGAUCGCCGUGCAGGUGCAGGGUCAGAUCUUCUAUGAGGCCUGCAAAGAGAUCAGGCCCGGGCAGGAGCUGCUGGUGUGGUAUGGGGAUUGCUACAUGCAGUUCCUCGGCAUCCCUCUUACUCUGAAAGACUCCAGAGAGGAGAACAGUGUGGUUUCUUCUGCUGAAGAUUCUGGUGAGGGUUUCAAGUGCGACAGAUGUGGGAAAGUGUUUGCUUACAAGUACUACAGAGACAAGCACCUGAAGUACACGCGCUGCGUGGACCAAGGCGACAGGAAGUUCCCCUGUCACCUCUGCAACAGAUCCUUCGAGAAGAGAGACAGAUUGAGGAUCCACAUUUUACAUGUGCACGAGAAACACCGACCUCACAAGUGCUCAGUGUGUGGAAAGAGUUUCUCCCAGUCUUCUAGUCUCAACAAACACAUGCGUGUGCACUCUGGAGAGAGACCGUAUAAGUGUGUCUACUGUAAUAAGGCCUUCACUGCCUCCAGUAUACUCCGCACACACAUCCGGCAGCACUCAGGAGAGCGGCCCUUCAAGUGUAAGCACUGCGGGAAGGCCUUCGCCUCUCACGCCGCCCACGACAGCCACGUCCGCCGGACUCACGCCAAGGACAAGCCGCAUCCCUGCGAGCUGUGCGGGGUUGGUUUUCAAGAGGAGCAGGAGCUUCAGAACCACAUGAAAAACCACCACAAAAAGAUCCAGGACAGUACCGUUCUCCAGUCUACAGCGGGCAGUGGAUUACAGGAGGGAUCUGUGUUCGCAGUGAAGGACAAUCCCAAAGCACAGAAAAACUGCCCUUACUCCGGGUUAACAGUUUUGAAUCCGGAAUAUCGGCCCUGGAACUAAUCUUUUAUGAGCUAAACUGUUCUCAGAAAAUUCUGUAUAGUCGUGUAUAAUGGUCUGCAGAUUGUAUGGAACAAAUAUCUCAAAAAGACUCAAAGCUGGAACACUGUGGUAAAGUCAUCGAAGACAUAUAACAAGGAGCUACAAGGAUCUUGUGUUUUUUUUCUUCAUGUAAAUGCUGCUUGAUAAAGGGUUGUUCUAUGGAUCUAUUUAAAUAGGCUCAUCUUUAUUUAAAUUGUUGACAAAAAUAUGUCUACAUCUAUUUAUAAUGUGUUUGAAUACAUUGUCUGUUGUUUUGUGGCUUAAAGCUUUCUCUCUGCAACAAUUGUCUUAACCUACUGUAAUUAAUUAUUAUUAUUGUUAUUAUUAUUAUUAUUAUUAUAUUAUUAUAAUUAUUUUUACAUUGGGUUUUCUUGCAUCGACUAAUGCUUGGAAAGCAAAGGUAGCCUGUGUUUUAUCAUUGUAGAUUGGAGCCUGUUUGUGUACAAAUAAAUGUUAUACAUUCUCUUAAUUUAUUAUCAUAUUUUCUACUGUAAUGUAAGGCUGCAUAGCAAUCAAAAUUGCCUUGGUUUGUCCUCUAUGUGCAUCAUGCCUUUUUCACAAAUAAUAAAAAAUCAGCGCA